AUGGCGGCAGUGGAAAGCGACGAUGACAGUUCGAACGCAACCAUGUCGAUAUCUUUCGAUGACAGCAGUAGCGACGAGGAAAGCAUUCUCGAAGAGGAGAGUACCGUUGGGUCACUCAGUGACAGUGAGAGCGAGCAUGAUGAGGACGAUGAUGAAACUCACAGCAGUUUGAUCAGCUUUUCGUAUGAUGGAGAGAAUCAUCUAGAUGUGCCAGAUAACGUGAGCCAUGUGCGCUUUGAGUCAUCCGUUCGAACAUUGCGGAGAAAAACCUUUCAGUUUCGCUUCAACUUGCGAGCAGUUGAAAUGAAUGAAGGACUUCGUGUCAUUGGUCAAGAUGCAUUCAAUUCUUGCGAAUGCCUUCAGCACAUUUCCGUUCCUCCUUCAGUCGACGACAUCAAAAGAGGUAGCUUUUAUCGAUGCAUGAAUUUACUUGACGUAAACUUAUCCAACGGCCUCAAGGUAAUCGGAGCAAGAGCCUUCGCUCACUGUGUUAAUUUGACGAGAGUGAAGGUCCCAUCAACUGUAGUAGAAAUUCGAAAAGGAGCUUUCGCAAACUGUCGAGCUCUAUCGACGGUGGAAUUAUGCGAAGGGCUGUUGCGGAUUGGUGUUCUUGCCUUUGCGUCUUGUAGCAACUUGCUCUUUAUUGCUGUGCCAUCAACGGUACGAGAGAUUGCCGAACGGGCCUUCCAAGAUUGUUCUGCCUUGCGGUCGGUGGCUGUAGUUGAAGGUCUCUCCAUGAUUGAGAACUGUGCCUUCCGCGGUUGCUUCAGCUUAACGACCUUUCGGGUUCCAUCCACUGUUCGGAUGAUUGACCCAUACGCCUUCUGUUGGUGCGACAGUUUGAUUUCGGUGGAACUCCCUCCAAGUGGGAGUCAGUUCAUUGGAGCUGCUGUCUUCCAUGGUUGUGAAUCUUUGCGCAACAUGUUUGUGGAACCACAUGUCCGCACCGUUCGAAACUCGGAUAUCUUUGUAUCCUCUGACCCUGGCUUGGAAGCACCCCCGAAUCCACUCCAAGAAAAAUUCCCAAGCUCGGAUGAGUCCGACUCGGGUCUUUUGGAUAUGCUGAGAGGAAGGUUCGAUUUUCUACCCGUCCAUAGGAUUUGCUACUACCAAGCCCACUAUGCCCCCUCCAUCACCCGUCGCUUGCUGGCAGCUGCCAUUGAAGUGAAGCGUGCCCCACAAGUCGACAAGCUUGGAAUGACUCCAUUCCAUAUCCUCGCUCUGUCCACAAACCCCGAUGUUUCUCUCUUUUCCACCCUUCUGGAUCAUUAUCCACUGAAGUUUGCCUGGCGCAAGGAUACCUGGGGAUUCACCCCAUUGGACUACUUGGAGUGGAAUUACACAACCAGAGCUUCCAAGGCACUCCAUCAUGUCUUUCGCAAGACGGUCGUAGAUCGUGGGCUCAAAGUAUCUCUCAUUCCGCGCUGGAAAGACGAGGUGCAACUAGAAGUCAACUCCUUGGUCAAGGACUUGCGCCGACACGCCAAAAGGCGGCAUAAGUUCGGCCACAUAUACUCUAUACUUUCAAAAUACGAGUUGAUGGAGGCCACCUCCACCGCGGAAUUGGCCGUAUGGAAAGCAUCCAUGAAUAACGAUCUCGCUAUUGCCUCGACUGCUAGUAGUAGCAGUACGGAGGAGAGGCUCGAUCAUCGCUACACUUGCGGGGCUAACGUCAUUGUUCCCAAUGUCCUCUUCUUUCUUGGGAAAGCCCAGCUAUGA